GCAGCAUGUUUUUGCUCGCUAUGUCUUAUGGGAAAAAUACUUUUAGACAAACGACUGCAAUCGUAAUGAAUGAGAGAAGGCUGCCAGCUGGGCAUUUCACUGAAGAUAAGAGGGCGUGGAAUGUGAAGAGAUGCAAAUAAGCUAGCUACAAAUAAACAAUUUAGCUAGCGAUCUUAUUCUCCCAAUACCGCUAUGGCAGGAAUAAUAAAAAAACAAAUAUUGAAACAUUUGUCCAGGUUCACCAAGAACCUGUCUCCAGACAAGAUAAACCUGAGCACACUGAAGGGCGAGGGUCAGCUGUCCAACCUGGAGCUGGAUGAGGAGGUGCUGCAGAACAUGCUGGACCUGCCUACCUGGUUGGCUGUCACCCGGGUCUACUGCAACAAGGCUGCAAUCAGGAUACAAUGGACAAAGUUGAAGACCAGCCCCAUCUGCCUGUUCCUGGACAAGGUGGAGGUGGAGAUGAGAACGUGUGAGGAGCCCCGUGCACCAAAUGGCCCCUCCCCUAUUGCCAUCACUGCUGGCCAGAGUGAAUAUGGCUUCGCUGAGAAGGUGGUGGAGGGUAUGUCUGUCAUCAUCAACUCCAUCACCAUCAAGGUGCAGUCCCGUGCCUUUCACGCCUCCUUCGAGCUCUGGCAGCUCCAGGGUAACAGUCUCAACCCCAAAUGGCAGAAGACUGACCUCCGCUACACCCGCAUCACAGACCCCAAGAGAGGAGAGGUUUUGACGUUUAAGGAGAUCAACUGGCAGAGUCUGCGUAUAGAGGCUGAUGCCAUAGAGAGUGAAGACCAGGACCUGGGCAGUAUCCCACUACGCCUCAUUACCAACCAGGGACGCAUCCGCAUCGCCCUGAAGCGCAGGGUGAAGGACUGUAAUGUUCUGGCCUCGAAGCUGCUCUUCAUUUUGGACGACCUGCUGUGGGUGCUGACGGACUCUCAGCUCAAAGCUGUCAUCCACUACGCCAAGUCCCUGAGUGAGGCCAUGGAGAAGUCUGCCCAGCAGAGGAAGAAUAUGGCUGCAGAGUCUCUACAGACUGCACCCCCAUCCCCUGGUAUCCACAAUCUAUGGACAGACCCUUCACCCCAUCCCAGCGUUGGUGUACCCAGUACCCUGGACCAGUACUUUGAUCAACACAACGUCAAAGAGUCCUCCUACCACACCUUCAUCUCUCGUCUAGACCUGCACAUAUGCAACGACAGCUCCUCAACAGACCCCGAUGAGCCUCCACCUCCAGGCUCCCAGGGUGCAAUGCAGUUGACCUUCCGCAAGCUGGGUUUUGACUACUACCCCAUCCACCGGCCCGCUGAUGGCUGUCAGCACUGGGAGCGUCACUGUGGAGCAAUGGAGGCCCGAGCCCAGUGGGCUUGCAGACUGCUGCAGGAGUUCCAGAGGAGGGUGGAGGCGUCAGGUAUCCCUGGUCCACAUUCUGAGAUCCCCAACCAGGCCAAGGACUCCCCCGCCAAGAGGGCUCACGAUGGACAGCCCAGCCCCCCUGACAGGGAUCAGAGCUCCAGGAGGAACUCAAUAGCACCUCCUCCCCCGGGGAAUCCUCUGAAGAGGCUCCGCUCUAGCUGUGUGGUGGUACGAAUGGACGACCUUGAUAUCCAUCAGGUGUCUACAGGGGGACGCCACAGCAAGAAGACCCAGUCCUUAAUAUCCUGUAACCGCAAGGCCCUGAACCUAGCAGACAAUAUACCAGCCAUCCACCUGCAAUUCACAGAGUAUUACUUCCCUGACAACCCUGGUUUGCCUGUACCCAACACUAACCUGUAUGCCCAGCUGAACGGCCUACAGCUGUGCCUAGACCCAGCCAGUCUGCUGUGGGUCAACCUGUUCUCGCGGGGCCUGCUGCGUACCCUGGAGCAGGUCAAAGCCUUCUACCAACUCCAGGACGGCAGCAAGGCAGAGGAGCACGUGGACAUCCGCAUUGACGCAGCACAGAUCAAAUUGAUUAUUCCCCUGGAGUCAUCCAUCAUGGACCACCAAGACAGGCCCCAGUCUCUGAACAUCACUGUUCCCCAGACGGUCCUCAGCAACACCUGCCACUCCCCACACGGCACCCGGGCCGACCUCAACGCCACCUACAGCAGCUUCUCCACCUGCCACUUCUUCCAGUCCGCUCCCCCUUGCUCCUUCCCCCGAGACCAGAGCUCCUUUCUCCCCCUACCCUCUGCCUUCCUCCAGCACUCCCUGGAGAUGGAGCCCCUGCCCUUUUCUGAGAUGAGACCCCUCCGGGCCAAGGACGUCUGGUCCCUAAGUCUCUCCCGCCUGUCCAUGAGCUUCGAGGGGGCACGGAAAAGCAACAAGGGCAGAGCUCACCCCUUCGUGGAGCCUUUCACCAUGUCUGUGUGGAUAUGUCGUCCAUGUGCGUUUAAGGGCUGUUCCCUGGUCUCCUCUCCCAGUGAACCAGCUCCUGUAGAUCCCAACCAUGGAUCCUUAGAGCAGGAGAACCAGCUCUCUUCCAACCCUGACCACCACAACCAGGACAGUAAAAAGGAGGCUCCAGUGGCCUCUAUUCACUUCCUGGCCCAGGCCAUCACACCGGUCAAAGUUUGGCUCAACCACUACCAGUAUGUGGCCCUGCUGCGGAUGAAGGACACCCUGGCCAGGCUGGGGGGCGAACUAGGCCGGGACACCAGGGACGCUAAGCAGGCCAGGGGCCAGAAGUCUGAGCCCCCUACGAUGUGCCUAGCCCUCCUAAUGGACUCAGUGGAGCUGGGGCUCCUGCUACCACCUGCAGCCAUGGAGCCAGAGGAGGAGGAGGCCCACACCCCAGGAUCUGAAAGCCCCAGCCUGACAGACUCCGACCUCUCCCCCACUCACCGUGCUACAUCGCCAGGCCCUCUUGAGGACAGUGGGAUAGGAAACGGUACUGCCACCGUCAACAGCUCUCCUCCCAUUGAGCAGGAAGUGGAUGGUGCGGUAGAGGAGGCCAGCGAGGCAGUAGAGGUCAUGGAGGGGGAGACAACCCAGGAGGAUGGUCCUGUCCCCUCUCCUCCCUUCUCCCCUGAACACCAUCCCUCCCUCCUGUCUAGGGACCCCUCUACCUUCAGCCUGGAGGAAGAGCUGUCCAACGCCCUCACCGCCACCAAGGACGUCACCAAAGAUGCCUUUAGUGCCUCCCUGGACCUGACUAAAGGGGCGUUCUCCAUCACAAAAGAUGCCUUCAGCUUCAUGAGUCGUGGGUCAGGGAUGAGCAAGCUGUUCACUACACAGGCCAAGGAGCAGCGCCCCGAGGAGGGAUGCCCUAUGGCCAGUCUGCGGCUCCAGUCCAUGAAGCUGUCUCUCUCACAGUACUCAUUCGACAGCGCCAUCCUGGACGGAAGCCUGCCCGACGACCACCUCUCAGUGGACAGCGACUCUAGUGACAACAUUCUCAUGGAUGAGUCAGGAGUAGAGUCCAUGAUGCGACCCAACAGCACCCGUGGGCCCAUGGACAGUGGAGGCAGCGCUGCCCCGGGGACAGAGGGAGGGUCAUCAGCCGACCUGAGCAGCUCCCUGUCCCAGAGCAUUGAGGACAUCACACAGGACACAGCCUCUGUGCUGUUGCUGGUGCUCAGUGGUAUUGCCUGUGUGGCGGACCUGAAGGGAGAGGACCUGGUGAUGGCAGUGGAGGUCCAGCAUCUCACCUCCAGACAGAUGGGCAACGUAAGGGUCUCUGACCUGCUGGCCAGACAAAUGUCAGGUGGGUCCACCCUGGGACAGAGACAGGGCUGCAGGUCAGCUCCAGUGGUGGGCAUGCGAAUAGAGAUGGGUCCCUCUGCAGCACGGCACGGUCCCCUCUCUGCGUUGGUAGGUCACCUGGAGCUGGGUGUGCAGGGCUGUCGGGCGGAGCUCCUGGCCUCCACCCUGGCUACCCUGGGGCCCUUCCUGGAGGAUGAGCUCAGUGCUGAUGUCCAGCCCAUGAAGAUCCGCCUGGACAAUGUCACCAUCACUCUGAAGGAUGAUGGUCCCAAGAUCUACCCGACGGCCCCCCAGCCCCAACCUGCCACCUUUACCAUAGACCAGGUGGUUCUGGAGCGCUCUGAUGAUGGCUUGUUUAGAAUCAAAGGUGGUGCAGGCCCAGACUCUGCAGGUGGUGCUGUGGUAUGUUUGGAGAAACCAGACAGUUCUUGUUCUGUCCAACCACAGCAGAGCAUGAGUCCAUCCCUGGGGUCCCAGCUAUUGGAGGCUCAGUUGGCCCUCUCUCAAGCCCUCACUGACCGAGAACGUCUCCUCCUGGAGGUCAGGAAGUACGACCCCAUGUUUGACCUGUGACUGCUUAACUCCCCCAACCAGCAGAGGGCGAUAUACUGACACUGAAUCAAUAAGGGAGUAAAGGAACUGAAUGAAAUGUCUGGACUCAGGCAUAUGACAAUUUGUAAACAACAAAGAUGAGCACCCAAUGGUGGAAUCCACACUGGUAGUUUGAAAGCUCAAGCUCUUCUAAUGAAUUGUACAAACAGUGUGUCACUUCCAGAGAACACAUAGGGGGGCUUGUAUUAACAAGAAGCCCCACUGGAGUCACUAUUUACACUCUGAGGUACAUAACAGGCACUAGUUUCAUCUGACAAUCUAAACAUGUUCCCUUCUGCUGUACAAAAGCAGUUUUAAUUUAAACCACCAUAGAGAAUAGUUAACUCAUUGUUGGGCUGCAACUCAAUUGCCAUUUAUCUUUGAUUUGAAGAACACAUGCCAAAAUGUGUCUUAUAGACUGAGUGGUUAGAGCCCGGAAUGCUGAUUGGCUGACGGCCGUGGUAUAUCAGACCGCAUACCACGGGUAUGACAAAACAUUUAUUUUUACUCCUCUAAUUACGUUGAUAACCAGUUUAAAAUAGCAGUAAGGCACCCCGGGGGUUUGUGGUAUAUGACCAAUAUACCAAGGGCUGUGUCUGGGCACUCCGCAAUGUGUUGUGCAUAAGAACAGCCCUUAGCCGUGGUAUAUUGGCCAUAUACCACACCCAUUGUGCCUUAUUGCUUAAUUAUAUGCACUGUGUCUUAUAUGCCAGAGAACAGUCAGAGUUGUAAAUGAUGUCUGUUGAUGAUAUGUUUUCAUGUACAAAUCAUUCACUGUCAGGCAUGCUGUGUGAAGAUCACUAGUGUUUUAGGAAUCUUGGUGAGUGGGUUUACAAACAUCCACAAAGCUUCAAAGAUAAAACUGCUUGUCAAUGUUAAGUAGGUCCUGUCCAUAGUUGUACAUAACUGUAGGUCUGUAUAGUUUGGAGCUGGUAUCUUAGAUGCAUUAAUGUAACCAUUGUUUAGAACCAUAGUGUAUUAAAUAGAAGAGUAGGGAAAGAAAAGCACUUUGACUUCAAGCAGUACUGCACUGUAUCCAUGGAGCUCCUGUGAAUGGGAGCACAAGACAAACCUGCAUAUCUAUCCCUUUGAUUGAUUGGUUGUGUAUCAGAGGGUAGGGCAAGCUGUCUCCACACUGUUCAGACUUUUUCAGACACCAGGUCAUUCCCCAGUGUUAUCUUUGCAUCAUAAAAAAAGUAUUACAUUUUGUGACUGUAAAACUAUAUUUGUAUUCUUCUUCUUCUUCCUUUUGAGAAAAGGUUCCACAAUUGUUGCGGUACGUUAUCUCAUUUAGUUUGUUACAUGAGGUGUACCCUGCCCUCAGACCGGUAUUACUUGAUCUCCUUAACUCACUCAUCUGCAUGGAGAAACACACAUUCUAGGCAUUUACUAAUACCUCACUGCAUGGAUGAAAUGUAGUGUUAUUCUUUUGAUAUGAACUUUUACAGGCAUGUAACAUGUCUUUUUUUAAAUGAUUUUCCAUUAGACAGUGUAGCUACUAGCCAUUUCAAACAAACACUAGUGGCACAGCCAUCAUAUCAAAGAAUAGAGAUAAUGAAUCUUAAUUGUCUAUAUAUGCACAAUAUAUGUAUAAUACUAAUAAUUUUAUCUACAGUAAAUCUGACAGGUGCAUUAAUGCCAAUUUGUUCAUGUAUUCCACCCAUUGGGUACCUUUCUAUUACUAUGUAAAAGUCGUGAAGCCUUUGUACUAAUUGGAAUAAUUUCUAGUAUUAUUUAAUGAUGUGGUUAUGUUUUAAUUAUAUAUUUUUGUAGCAAUUCUAGGGUAUGAUGUGGCGGUGACAUUAGAAGUAUUUAAAUUGUAUUAUUUGUAUGGUUUUUUUGUAUUUAGAUUAGUAUUUGGUCCUGAUGAGGGAGAGGAGAGACAUUGGAGUAACGUUACUUAGAUCCAAGUCACAUUCCGCAAAACAAGUGUGAGUUGUGAGAAACUCAAAUGGAUCAAGAGACUUGUUUGUGUAUGUGGUACAGUGCUAACAAGUUAAUAACUCCACAACCCUCAGUUGAACUUUUAGCAUCAUUCUCCACUCUCUUCUGAGUGGUAGCUUGAGACCUCUGGUGGUCAGAAUAAUAUGCCACUGAUUUUCUGGUUGCCUUCCAAUAUGAAUAUGAAUGAGUGUUACUUUCUAAUUGUGGGAAGUAGCAUGAAGCAAUAGGAGGAAGUCUGUUUUGCCCAUAUUCUGAGAGGGAAGUUUUUUUUUAAUGUACGAAUGCCUAAGAUUAUCAAAUAAAAAAUAGUCUAAUGGUUCAGUUUUUUUCCCAUCCUGCAUGUUUUGUAUUUGAAAAUUCCCUCAAGGUCAGUCAGUGUAACAAAGCAGUGAUUCCAUUCUCAAUAAUAUCAGCGCCCCAAUUUUCUUGCUGAUAUUUGCUUUUUGGCAUGGCCUUGGCUGUCAGUGUGAUGGGGAAUGAAAAUUACAUCCCCAGUUGGAAGGAUGCAGUUAUGUUGACUGUGUCUAAAAAUCAACCCUCACCCCCUCCUUAGAACCCUGUUAGUACCUCUCUGUUCACAGCAGGGUGCCCACUCUGCCCCCAGCCAGCUCCCUCCUCACUGCCUGUCAAGUUACACUUCUACUGCAUCCCUUAUCUUGCUUGGGUUACCAUGAUGUAUGGGGAUGGGACUGGGACACCGGGCAUCUCCCUACAUGGGCUGCUUUCUCUCGUCUUCGUCAUCAGAAUGACUUUGCAAAAAUAUUAUCAAUGUUGUGGAUGGAGUGAGUGCAUGCAUUGUAACUGAACCGAUUGUUCUUUUGCUCUAUACCUUGUGGAUUAUUUGCACUUAAGUGUGGUAUGUUCACUAGAAAUUGCACUUGCUUAAUGUGAAUCACUUAGAGGAUCAUCCCUGAUAUUUUCCUGAUACUAAUGUUGUGGGAGGCCCUCUGACAGUAUUAUGUAAUAUUUGUGUUACACUUGCUUAGAAGUCAUCACAUCAUUGAAUAAGACUAAACUUGGUUCUGUGAACCAAAUUAGUAUGCGAAAUGUUUCAAAGUGAUAAACUAUUGAACCAA